AUGACUUCUUCAUCCGCACCCGAGUCGAUUUUGACGUUUUAUGAUAUCGCACUUGCACCGCCAGUGAUAGAAAACGCAGCCUCUCCCAACCCUUGGAAGUCUAGAUACGCCCUCAACUUCAAGAAAAUCCCUUAUAAGACAACUUGGGUCCCCCUACCUGAUGUCAGCGCCGUUAGAGCCCCUCUUAACAUCCCAGCCUCGCGCACAUUCGCCGAUGGAUCCCCAUAUCACACACUCCCUAUGCUCUCUGACCCAGCGACUGGCCAAAUAGUAGGAGAUUCUUUUGAGAUCGCCGUGUAUCUUCAGCGCCAGUACCCGUCAUCAGGAGGGGACCUGUUCCCAAAGCAAGAUCUGUCUUUCGCCUACAAGGAGGGCCCAGUUUUGUUUGCGCCCAUCGCGGAGUCGAAGGUGGAUGAGACCAUGCAGGCAUAUGUCAAAUUUAACACCAACGUUGACGCUGCAUUUACCGCACAUGUACCACUCAUGGUACACGGAUUACCUUUUGAUCCAGCCACAGCCGAUCAGUCAAAGGCCGAGUUCUCACGGAGAGCAGGGAUCCCAUGGGAGGACUUGUCGGUUAAGGGGGACAAGAAAGACGAGAUGCUCAAGUCGUAUGAGCAGGCCCUCACUGGACUGGCAGAGAUGUACAGAAGAGACACCACCGGACCGUUUCUGCUGGGAAAUAGGCCAUCUUAUGCAGAUUUCAUCGUUGGAGGAUGGUUGAGAAUGAGCCGAGCGACGCUGCCUAGGAUAGAGUGGGAGGCUUUGGAGAACUGGCACGACGGCAUCUUCGGGCAGCUGCACCAGGCGCUCAAGGCAUACGCACAGAUAGACUAG